CAUAAUUUCAUUGCCAUUACAAUCUUUUUUAAAAGUGAAUCAAGAAAUUUAUUUGUAUCAAACUUAUUUAUUUUGUUGAAAAGGCCAGAUUACUUACUAAAUAUUUUACAUUUACAAUAGCAUGUCCAAGUUUCCACUAAUAGUCUUCGUAUUAUCAUCAACUAAUUACUUGUCGAAUGCCGAGCCACCAAAUGACAUUACGUCUUGGAAUCGGUCAUCAGAGUCCGAGUGCACGAAACCAAUGGAGUCUUUGGAAACCCCACCCAUCGUCAAAUUAGUUGAAGCCAGGUUUCACACAAACGAUAUGCUUAACGAGCUGGAGCCAAGAUGUGGACAAUCGCACAGAUAUCUCCUUCCUAUUACUUUCCAAUCGCUAAGGUUUACUUGUCAAGCUGAUUAUCCUACAUUUUGGAAAUUUGACACGCCUCCACACAACUGUCCAAUUCUUAAGGAUUUUACAAUAACGAAACGCAGGACAAUCAAAUCUUUCUGGGACAACUCUACGUACACAUUUUAUUCCAAUUUGACAUUAAACUUCAAAGAUCCUUACUUUGUGCCUACGAUUUUUUGCGUUCGGACAAAAAUUGCAGGAUCGAAUCUUAGUACGACCAUUAAAUCUUUUGAAUCGAAUGAUACGUUUAAAAUAGAAGUGGGAGUGACACCCGAUUAUAAUGGAAUUAAGAAUUUUGAGGAAAGGCGACUUGGAGAAAAUAAAAAUUGCAAUGUAACGCUUCAAUUGAAUACGGACACAAAAAAAUUUAAGUGCGGUGAUAAUUCUAGACCUCAAAUAAUUCAUUGCAACAAUCCCGAUGAAUGCAACUCUGUAUUUGUCUUGGAUGACCACGGAGAUAGUGGACGUGGAAAUGUCUGUAACAAUACCUUUAGCACUGCAGUUUGCAACAGUAGUAAUAAAUGCGUCCAAUUAUUGCCAUCAUAUUCCCCUGCCGUGAUUAUUUGCCGAGAUCAAGCCAAUAAUUCCAUUGCUAGAAGAUACUUUGUCUACCCACCCAAAAAUGUUUCUGAGGGACCUAUAAUGCGGUUAGGAAGAGAUAAUGAAAUUGGUCCGGAAACAAUUAGGCUUGAGGCAAAUGAGACUAAAAUAUAUUUCGGUCAAAACGUAACUUUUACAUGCAAUGGUGCCGGGGCUUAUUACAGUUAUGGAUUUCAAUGGGGCAUUGGAAGGAUUGAUAGUGACAACUUUACGAUAUUGGACUGUGAUGUUACAAAAGAAAGUUUCAACAUGACGAUCCACAGCUAUCAGGCACAAACCGUUAUCCAAUUCAACAAGACCAACGAUAAGAUGUUGGUCAACGAUUCAGUGAAGAUUAUUUGCUUCGGUCCGAGAUGGAACAAAGUAGAUUGGAUAGAUGCCAGCAUGGACGUAGUCGUUAACAUGCCAGAGGAACCAACGAUUGUGUCGGUUAAAGACGGUCCAUAUGACAAAUCGAACGAUAGCGAAGAUUAUUGGCACAUGUUCUCUUGUGUUGCACGCGGAAGCCCCAUCGCCCCACUCACGUGGUUUUGGAAUUCGAACCCCCUCGACAAUCAUUUUACGGGAGACUUAUACAAAAUAAUCCACUAUUCCAUUGACAACACUGGAAUCACAAACAGCACACUAGUAGCAAAACUACCCAGAAAUAUUGCAAAUAUUGUGCGUUGCGUAGCCAUAAAUUUCUGUGGCAGUCAAAGUUAUGAAUUUGAAGUCGAGUCAAUUACUUGGAAAUGGAUCAUCAUAAUUGUGGGUUCUAUUUCAAUCCCGGUGUUACUGAUUAUUUUGGCAGCAUCAUUUCUGCUGAUCAGGAAUCAUUACCGAAAAAAAUUACAACUGCUCAGUGACGAGGAGAUUGAAGAAUUUGAGCAAGGAAAUAGUAAAUCUGAAACUCAAGCCCUCAGUUUACCCUACUCCUUGGACAAUGAAGUACCACAGGAGAAAAUCACAAUACUUGAUACGGCGAUCCUUGGCGAAGGCCAAUUUGGAUUAGUAUACAAAGGGCUGUAUAACUCUCGUCUCGUGGCGAUAAAAACCAUGAAGAAAACAGCGGAAGUGAGAUAUAUAAAAGCACUUCUGUCGGAAAUCAAGAUUUUUCAAUUUGUUGGCGAACACCCGAAUUUGGUUAACAUGAUUGGUGCAUGCACUCGGAAUUUACGAACAAAAAGGGAAAUUUAUCUCCUAACCGAGUUUUGCGACAACGGAAGUCUUCUCAAGUUCCUCAAACAGUCUCAGGGAAUGUGUCUUGACUUAUUUAAUACUAACAAAGCCGUGAUUGAAUGCAAAAAGGGGGUUAAAUUCAUGGAUGCUAAUGUGCAAAAUGAUAAUGUCAACGUGUUGCCCUGCAUAAAUACGCUUUAUCUCGUCAACUGGGCAUAUGACAUUGCGUGUGCGAUGGAAUAUUUGUCAAGUAAAAAGAUAAUUCACGGUGACCUUGCGUCGAGAAAUGUUCUCCUCACAGAAGGACUAGUUGCAAAAGUCGGAGACUUCGGACUUUCAAAACAGCUAUUUGAAGAUUAUGCCAUUUAUGUCCAAAAGCUCGAAUGUCCACUACCUCUAAAAUGGUUAGCGAUUGAGAGUCUUCAAGACUUUGAGUUUUCAAUUCAGAGUGACAUUUGGGCAUACGGAGUGACACUAUGGGAAAUAUUUUCACUUGGAGCAACUCCAUACCCUGGCAUCCCACAAUGGAAUUUUCAGUCAUAUAUUUUGCUAAAAAAUGGAUAUCGUAUGGAGAAACCGACAUUCAGCAAUGACAAAAUAUACCAAGUUAUGCUGGCUUGUUGGAAUUCAGCACCAAAUGCAAGACCCUCAUUUACCAAGAUUAAACAAGUUUUUCAGCAGUUGGCAACAAAUCUCAAACAGAUGUACUAAUUUACUAACAUAAUGACUAUAACAGUAACUAUUGUAAUGACAUAACAAUAAUUCCUAUCGAUUUAAUAAAGCUUUUCCAAUAAUUCAA